AUGAGUUCUUCAGAUGAAAAAACACCACAAAUUAUGACUCCAAAGAAAAAGAAUCCUAAAGGAAAACCUGUCUGUAGUGGUCAGAAAUUGAUCAUUAUCAACCACUACAAGUCGGUAUUGAACAAUAGCGGCAAGAUGAAGUUUCGUGAGCUCAUCACUCACAUUUCUGAAAAUCUUGGUAUUGGUUACCACACAGUUCGUAAAACAAUAUCAGAAUACAAUACUACAAAAUGUGUGAAAUCACCUAACCGAAAAAGACAAAAGCCUGGUAUUGUUGACAAAAUAGAUGAAUUUGAUAAGAACGCAAUACGCAGAAAAGUUCAUUCAUUUUGGUUCAACAAAGAACUGCCAACAAUUCCAAAGUUAUUAUCGGCAAUAAAUGAAGACGAAACCUUGCCAAAUAUUAAAAAGACUUCUUUAGGAAUAGUGCUUAAAAGUUUAAAUUUUAAAUAUACUAAACGUCAAAGAAAUAGUUUCCUUUUAGAAAGAAGUGAUCUGGUUGCUUGGCGUAGAAAUUAUUUGCUACAAAUUCGUCAAUUUCGAGAGGAAGGAAGACCAAUCUAUUAUUUGGAUGAAACGUGGAUUAAUGUUGGGGACUGUAGCACCAAAGUGUGGGUUGAUCAAACGGUCACAUCACAUAGAAUGGCAUUCCUGGAGGGACUGUCGACCGGUGCACCAAAUCCAACAGGUAAAGGGAAACGCUUGAUCAUCCUUCACAUAGGGUCUACCGAUGGUUUCUUACAACGUGGAUUGUUAUGUUUUGAAUCUAAAAAAAAUACGUCCGAUUACCAUGACGAAAUGAACGGGCAGACAUUCAAAGAAUGGUUUGAAGAAAUAUUGCCUCUACUCAAGGAUAACGCCGUUGUGGUGAUGGACAACGCACCAUAUCAUUCAGUAAAAUCAGAAAAGGUUCCAAAUAUGACCCCCCGGAAAAAGGCAGAUAUUGUUAACUGGAUACUAUUAAAAGAUGAAGAAAUUGAUAUCACCAAUAAGGCAAAAAGCGACCUCAUAGAAAUCGUGAAACGUCUCAAACCUAAGUAUAACACUUACGUAAUUGACGAUAUUGCAAAAGAAGCCGGAAAAUCAAUAUUAAGACUGCCCCCCUAUCACUGCGAAUUAAACCCGAUUGAACUGGUUUGGUCGAUGGUGAAGCAAUAUGUCAAAGCCAACAACACGACUUUUAAAUUAACUGAUGUAAAGAAUUUGCUUUACCAAGCCUUAGAUAGGGUAACACCGGGAGACUGGCAGAACUUCAUAUCUCACGUGAUAACCGAAGAAAAAAAAUUAUGGCGUAUGGAAUUUAUAUGUGACGAGAUGAUCGAUGAACUUGAGACAAAUCCAAAUUACAUCCUAACCACAGGCGAUACGUCCGACUCAUCCGACGAUGCCGACGACGAGGACAACGAUCUCGGUUGUUGUUCUUUAGAAUAA